UUUAUUCCAUUCAUCUUUUAUUUAUAUAUUGUAGGAUCGGAAGAACAGAACAGAACACAAACUACAUAUUUCAAACCAAUUAAGCUAAGGUAAGUACUAUACAUAUAUAGAAUGGGGAGGGGUAAAAUAGAGAUAAAGAGAAUAGAGAACUCAAGUAAUAGGCAAGUUACAUACUCCAAGAGAAGAAAUGGCAUCAUCAAGAAAGCAAAGGAAAUCACUGUUCUUUGUGACGCCAAGGUUUCACUCAUCGUCUAUGGAAGCUCCGGGAAGAUGCAUGACUAUUGUAGCCCUUCCACCUCGUUAGUUGAGAUGCUGGAUGGUUACCAGAAGGCAUCUGGAAAGAAGCUGUGGGAUGCUAAGCAUGAGGACUUGAACAAUGAAAUUGAUAGGAUGAAGAAAGAAAAUGACGGCAUGCAGAUUGAGCUCAGACACCUUAAAGGAGAAGAUAUAAAUUCUUUGAACUACAAGGAGCUCAUGGGUUUAGAAGAUGCCCUGGAAAAUGGUCUCACCUCUAUCCGAAACAAACAGGACGAAGAUGUGAUGGAGGAACUUAAACAAUUUCAAUUUGGUUGGCAACAGAAGGAGAUGGGCGCAGAAAUGGUGGUUAGGGAAUACCAAUCCGCAGAGAUGCCUUUGACAUUCCGUGUGCACCCGAUGCAGCCUAAUCUGCACCAAACAAUGUAGCAAAUUAUAUAUAGGCAUGUUCCAUGCAUGCAACCUUAAUUAUUGUCUCUAAUUAAUUACCUACUUCAUUAACAUUUAUAAACAUCGCAUGCUCCUACCUUAAUUACUAUCUAGUACUCUACCUAGCUUAGCUAACUAGGGUUUAUCUGAGAUGCAUAAUUCCAUAAGUUGCUAUGUACUCCUUAACUAUAAUUUACCUACUCAACUCCCUACAUAUGUACUUUAAUUUAUCAAUGUAAGCCCAGCUAAUGUUGUUCCGAACU